AUGGAGUUGUCUGUACUAAGUUGGUAUGUAAUGAGUUGGUCUGUACUGACUUGGCCUGUAAUGAGAUGGUCUGUACUGACUUGGCCUGUAAUGAGAUGGUCUGUGUCUUUCAGCCUAUUCCUGUAUACUGAAGAAGCCUAGGUUGAGGGCUGGACCAAAGAACACACUGUUCUCAGCUCUCCCAUGUGCUGUUGAGGAGAUGUACAGACUCACCUGCAGGUAUAUAGGACCACAACAAGCUUCUCUGUCCCCUCCCUGUUUUUGUUGGCAUCUUGAUUUGUUGUGCAUUUCACUCUGUGGCCACAAGGCACAAAGAAAUUACGGAUUGCCCCUUUAAUAUUGUGAAAUGGUCAUGCAUCGGUUCUAAAAUAUAUUGUACACCGGUACAGGAAAAGGAUUGCCAGCUCAGAUGCUAAAAAGUAUCCAUAUGUAUGCAAACCUAACCUAGCCUAGCCUAGCCUAACAUAACCUAACCUAACCUAACUUUACUCUCUCUCUCCUAUGCAGAUUCUGUGACCUUGUCUUCCAGGGUCCUCUGUCCAUCCAGGAGGAUUGGCUCAGGCACUUACAAAGGCACCUCAUGCACACCAGUGUCCCUCGCACAGGAGCUGGCAUGGUGGAGGUCCUGGGACUACACAAAGAGACGCCCUCCUUGCCCCCCCAGCAGCACCCCUGUCGGGAGCACCCAACGUCCAAUGAGCACCCCACGCCCCAGAAGCAACAUGAGCACCCCUGCUUGGAACACCCCUCUCCUCAUGAUCACCCCUUGCCCCAGCAGGAGCCCCCCUUGCCCCAUGGGCCCACCUUGCCCAAUGAGCAACCCAAAACCCACAAGCACCUUGAGCUCCAUGAUGAGCAUCCCUUGCACCAUGCACACCCCUCGUCCAAUGAGCACCCAAGCCUGGAGCAGCACACGGCCACGCCCUUUCCAGAGCUUCUUCCAGUGGCAUCCUGA